UUGACUGCUUUGAAGUGGAGCGACUUUGUGAAGUGUGCAGGGAACUUGUUGAACAUUUUAUUAGCACUAAGAAUUUUAUGUAACAAUUUUAAAUCAUAUUAAACAUGCCACUUUUUGAAGGUCUGGGGAGUGGUGGGGAAAAAACAGCGAUUGUCAUUGACAUUGGUUCAGCAUACACUAAGUGUGGAUUUGCAGGUGAGACAGGCCCCAGGUGUAUCAUCCCCAGUGAGGUCCAGACAUCGAGUCUUCAGCCCAUAAAAGUGGUCCAGCACAACAUCAACACAGAGGAGCUCUACUCCAUCCUCAAGGACUUCAUUCAUAUGCUGUACUUCAGGCACUUGCUGGUGAAUCCACGGGAUCGGCGUGUGGUGAUUAUUGAGUCAGUCCUGUGCCCUUCACUCUUCAGAGAUACCCUCACCAAAGUCUUCUUCAAGCACUUUGAGGUGCCGUCUGUGGUCUUUGCCCCUGGCCAUCUCAUGUCAGCCUUGACUCUGGGCAUCAACUCUGCCCUUGUGAUGGAUUGUGGGUAUACAGAAACCCUGGUGCUGCCUGUGUAUGAAGGCAUCCCCAUUCUGUCUGCCUGGGAGGCCCUGCCACUGGGUGGAAGAGCCAUUCACAAGGAGCUGGAAGGGCUGCUUAUGGAGCAGUGCACAGUGGAUACAGAUUGUAACUCUGGACAGAGCUUACCAGCUGUCAUUGGUUCCCUUCCUGAGGAAGUUGUGGAAGAUAUAAAAGUCAGGACCUGUUUUGUGAGUGACCUCCAGAGGGGACUAAAGAUCCAGAAGGCUAAAUUCAACCUGGAAGGCACAGAAGAGCGUCCAGCUCCUCCACCAGAUGUGGAUUACCCAGUGGAUGGAGAAAAGAUCAUACACAUCAAGGGAUCCAUCAGGGACUCGGUCAUGGAGAUACUGUUUGAGCAGGAUAAUGAGGAGAAGUCUGUGGCCACAUUAGUACUGGAUACUUUGCUCAAGUGCCCCAUCGACACCCGCAAGGCCCUGUCUGAGAACCUGGUGGUCAUCGGGGGCACUGCCAUGCUCGCUGGGUUCCAGCACAGGCUGCUGUCAGAGAUCAGGUUCCUAGCAGAGAAGCCACGCUACCAACAGGUCUUAGCUACCAGAACCUUCCGCCUGCACAGCCCCCCGGCCAAGCCCAACUGCACUGCCUGGCUGGGAGGUGCGAUAUUCGGUGCCCUGCAGGACAUCCUCGGCAGCCGGUCUGUGUCCAGAGAGUACUACAACAAGACCGGCCGUAUUCCAGACUGGUGCAGCUUGAGUUCUCCUCGCACUGGGGCCAGGGCUGGGCAUGACACGAGGAAGGCCCCUCCUCCACCCAUGAAGAGAGCCUUCUCCGCAGAGAAGUGAAGUAAAGCCCACUUUCAUCCGCUCCCACCAAAGUAUUGGCUGUGCCUCCCGGCCUGAAUGCUAGGGGUUGCUCUAGGCGCUACACUUUUUACCUCACUGUAAAACUAAUACAGACCGUGCACUGAUGUCCCAUAGUGUUGACCUGUGCAGACUCAGUAGUGUUGACCUGUGCAGACUCAAUGUCAGUAGCAUUGUGACAUCGUGAGGAGAUAUUGCUAACAGGCAUUAGAUCAAUGCUGUCAUGAAUCUCAGUGAAGUUGUUUACAUGUGCAAUUGUGUGAUUUAGGGGAAAAUGGAAUGAAAAAAUGGAAUGUAUAUCUGUGACAUCUCUCAAUGGAAACAAAUUAUGCAACACAUUAUGUGGGGAAGAACUUAUUUUUGGUGGAUUUGAAAUUGGAAUUCGGGCUUAUUUCAGGAAAUUCUCUCAGACCUCAACUGAAGGGACAGAAUGUUGUUGAGCGAUGAAUGCUGUUUGGGAGGCACUUAGGGGAGUCUGUUAGUUUGCAGAAACUACCCAGAUGCUGCAGCUUUUUUCUGAUUUUGAGCCAUGUUUUUAAGCUGAUUUUAUGGCAUUGAUAAAAAUCUCAUGGAAAAGAUAAAUCGCUGAAAGUUAAUUUAUGUUCCAGUAUUAUCAUGUAUUUGCAAACCAAUAUUACCAAUUUUAUAGAUUUAUAGAAAUAUAGUUUUUUUGAAGUAGUGUUGAUGAACAGCUGAUGAAAGACAAAAGGGCAUGUUUUUUUUAUCUGUGAUUAUUUAUUUGUUUGUAAUUUACUUUUUUUUUUUAAAUAUUUUAAUUUUGAUUCAGUUAUGGGUGUUGGCUGAAUCAUGCUACUGUAGAGCCAAUGUUGUUAAAUAUAAGAAAUUACAAAUAAAGUUUUUUUAAAAAACUUCAAUCACUGUUAAAACACUCACUUUUAAAACUUGUUUUGCAGAACCUCAUAAAAUUAAAUCUGCCAAUGUUUAAUGUUUAGCUAGCUGAGUCACUCCACCAGGCCACUUUCAGACCAGCU